AAUUUACUUUCGUUUUAAUCAUUUCGUAUAUUCAUAGAUUUGAAAUUUAUAUCAACAUUUCGUGAAAUUAUUCGCAAGUAUAGAUUUAUCGAUUGAUAUUCAUUAUUAGUGAGCUAAGCUGUUAAAAUACCGUACCGGCAAUCAGAGUUCUAUACAUACAAUAUCCGCUACAUUUCGUUGGAGAAAAGAAAAUUCACUGAGGAUAAUAUUUAUUUUUAAUAAAAAUAGAAUUAUUUGGAAACGUGAGAUUUUAUAAUGGAAAAAGGUUAGGUUACUUUUUCUGUAAUUUGAGACGAAAUUUUAAUACCUACGAUUGAACAUAUCUUUAAGUACAACAUUCUUAAGAGAGAACACAUAUUUUAAAAGAAAUUUCGAAUAAAAAAAUUUACAAGAAUCAUUAAAUAUGUUCAAAAACACAUUCCAAAGUGGUUUUUUAUCCAUUUUGUAUAGCAUUGGUAGUAAACCAUUACAAAUAUGGGAUAAAAAAGUGAGAAAUGGUCACAUUAAAAGAAUUACGGAUAAUGACAUACAAAGUCUUGUAUUAGAAAUUUUGGGCAGUAAUGUGAGUACCACCUAUAUUACAUGCCCAGCAGAUCCAAGGAAAACGUUAGGCAUAAAAUUGCCAUUUUUGGUAAUGAUUAUAAAAAAUUUGAAGAAAUAUUUUACUUUUGAAGUUCAGGUUAUUGAUGAUAAAAAUGUACGACGUCGAUUCCGUGCAAGUAAUUAUCAAUCAACAACUAGAGUAAAACCAUUCAUAUGUACUAUGCCAAUGAGACUGGACGAUGGAUGGAAUCAAAUACAGUUUAAUUUAGCAGACUUCACUCGCAGAGCAUAUGGAACGAACUACGUAGAAACUUUAAGAGUUCAAAUUCAUGCAAAUUGUCGAAUACGUAGGGUAUACUUUUCCGAUAGAUUAUAUUCUGAAGAUGAAUUACCAGCAGAAUUUAAAUUGUUUCUACCGAUACAAAAUAAAGCAAAAUGUUAAACACAUUAGAUAGAUCUUUUACACAGUAGGAUAUUUUGAAGAAUAUUUUCAUUUUCAUAAAAAAUUAACAUGUGUUACAGUAACUCUAAAUAGUGAUCCUAAUAAAUGUAAUUAUUUAUAAGAA